GUAGGACGCAUCAAGAAAUGCCAAGGCCACAGCCACUUUUAUGAAGAUUUUUCUUGAAGUCAUUGUCAUUCGUGAAGGCAACAAUUUUCCACCUUAUAGAUUCGCAUUCGGUAAAUCAAAUGUUGUAAAGCAAAAUGGCUACUCCUUCUUUUGUCGUGCCUACUUCUCCGUCUGGAUCUCAGUCCAAGGCUGCCCACUAUGGUACGCUAGUGCCUGCGCCACCUCCAAGAGGACGUGGGGAAUCGAUGCAGCAUAUGUCCCUACGAGCACGACGUCCUCUUGGUAAAGGAAAGGAUUUAGGAGUCGGAGUGGAAGUCCUACUUGAGAAGUCGCCUGGUGUCAGUUCGGCUAAACACCAUCAGAAUGGCAAGGGUGUUGCCCCAGAGAUUUCUGCGAAAGGAAAUGCUGACUCGAAUCUCAUUCCCUGCGUUGCUGGUCCGCAAAAAGGUGGGAAGUCCUCUUAUGCCAAAUCCUCGACUGUAGGCCUAGUUAGUGGGCCCGGAAAAGGCAACAAAGGUAGCGCGGGUGGCGCAAAACCCGGGGACCUUGGUGCAGCGUCGCAGUACGCGGAACAGGUCGCUGUAGUAAGUGAGACUGUAGGUCGUGCAGGCAGCAAGGGUGGAGGAAUCAGCAUCAAAGGCGGAAGCACUACUAAAGGCGCAAUGUUGAAAGGUGGAACAACCACAUCAAACACAAACGAAAAGGAUGGUCGACGCGUCUCAACGCCAAAUAUUUGCUCCGAAGAUGCGAGACAAGCAGCACUUGCUUAUCAGUGUGAAAUUGAGCGAUAUAAUGCUGACGAUGUGUUGGAUUUCAAACACGCGGAUUUUCGUCGAGGCCGCGACACCAAACCUCAAGGGGUAGCAACAACUGCCACGACGAGUGGUGUCGAUGAACCUCAGUCCCCGACAUUCGCGGCGCAAAGAAUAGCGGAACUGCAGCUCGUGAAACCAAAGAUACCGAAAGAUCGCACGACCGUAGGCGAAGAUAUUCGGGAUAUUGUCUUAUCCUCGGCACAAGAGGCGCAUAUCGUUCUGCCUAGCACUCGUUAUUCGGCGAGUGCGAGUGGACCACCUGAAAGUCCUCAAGAUAUCAGCCCGAGGCCAAAUGCGGACUCUUCACGCCCUGCGAACUCACAACAAGCAGGGACAUGGACACGACAGGGAGAUGCUGAUUUCGUUUCUUCACUCCGCGAAAGCCCUACAAAGGCUCGAUCGUCGAUCUUGUGUGUUACUGUCGACCGCACAUUAACGAGCAGUACUGAUGCUCGUUCACCCUCUCGUAAUGUAGACGUAGUCCCCCAUAAUCGUAAUGUUAUCGAAGAGACGAGGAUCAUGAGGAGUAUGCCAGUGCAAGAUCAUGAUGAUAUUCAUGCUGAUCAUAUUGUUGAUCUUCAUGUUGGUGAUAGAAUCGACGAGGAUGUAAGUACAGUUUUGAAUGCCACAAGCUGUACUACACCUGAAACUGUAGAAGUAGAAGCACCUCGUCGUCGUGGUCGUUCAGGAGAUGGUUCGGGAGGGCAGUCGAAAACCCGUAAACGUCGAAAAAGGAAUAAUAGAGGCCAUUCGGGUUCAUCGACGUCGCGCAGUCCUGAGACUCGCCAGCUUUUGUCGACUGCUCAGGAUUCUAGUACUCCUCGUCUUCUACCACAACAUGAUGGUUCCAAUUCCAUAACAAACUCUAUCUCGAACAACCCUAACGUCGAAGAGCAGGACCCAUCAAGUAGAACGAACUUAGCAAGUUGUGCAGAAGUUAGUGAAUUAUUCGAAUUUCCCUCGACUAAAACGCCUUCAGUACAGGGAUUCGCAAGAACUCUUGAAGGUGUAGAAUAUAUUGCAAGUCCAAAUUCCAACACACGACCAGCUCCAGGAGGCGGGAUAAUUAGUUAUAUUCCUCCGAGGCCAGGAAAAGGAACAUCUUCUACUUCUAGAAGUAGUUCAAAGAAUAGAAAAGCGAUAACAAGACCUCCUUGUCUGCUUUUACCGGAAGGACCACGAGAAAAGACAGAUCACGCGGCCCGGUUUUUGUUGGAACUAGCGAGACAAUACGCACGCGACAUGGCGGAAGCAGAAACGGCAGCUCCUCCACCUGAGGGCAGCGCACCAUCGGCAGUGCCACAGAGUUCGAAUAAUCUCGACGCGAGCAGUGCUGCUGGCGAUGUUCGUGAUCAGGCAGAAGGUGAAGGUGGUAGCGGAACUGCAGUGGUCGUAACAGGUGAGCAAGAUGGCGGAGCAGAAUCGGGCGGCGGUGCAGACGGACCUGUGCCUGCUCUGAAUAUCCCAACAACUUCCGGGCCGUCAGUAAUCACUCCGGAAGAGGCGCCUUCGGAGGCAGCCGCCCCUGAAGAUGCAGUUGCAGCUAGUGGGAAUGCCACUUCUUCCACUUCCGCGGCAGGCGCAGACGCACCUGCUCCAAAGACUCCUACGUCUUCAAAAAACAAGUCGGUGAUGGAACUUGACGCUUCUCCGACGUCCUAUAUGGCGAGAGCGGACGCAGAGCGGUCAGGCAUGAUACCACAGAGCGGCAGUAAGAAAGCCUCAGUCAGCUUUCGUAUACCAACGCCAGAACAAACACCAGUUUCAGGUCCAUUGAUAGUGCAACGGGCAGCGGAUAUGCCGCGGCCAGCUGACGAACCGAGUCUAGCGAAAGUCGUCGGGAAGAAUGUGGAGUUGGUACAUAUUCAGAGGAUGACUUUUACUUGAUCAUUCCAAAUUAGAAGCUUCGAGUUCACGAACAAGAACUACUACAACUACUCUCCUUCUUAUUUAAACCACGUUGCACUUGCGUAGUCUACGUGUUCAUCUAUCCAGUGUGUAAGUAGAAAACUCACUUCGUUUUCUUCAGUUUAUGGGCUUCCUGAUCGAUCCGGUCUACGGGAAGAAGCAAGCACGAGGCAACCGGAUACCUCUCUACCGAGACUGGAAAAAUAUAAAGGCUCUCUCUUGUGUGGAUAAAAGCCUGCACAUCAUCAUCUCGAAGCAUAUCUUGGUGCAGAGGACCGCACAGGUACUAUUGUCCUUUCUUGAUCUUGUUGAACUGAUAAUUUUUGGCUUUCAAGAUGUGCAUUUCCAUGGUCUUUCUUCAAUCGGAGAUGUAGUCCCUCCUAAUCCCACAAUCUAGUGCUACUAAGAAUAAUCAUGAUCUAGAAGGACCACUACCACUCCCAUGAUACAGCUCCAAAAGCAUCGGGCAGGUGAGAGGGAUUUGCGAAAUGAGUUAGGCAAAUUCUGGAAGGAUCAGUGGGGACGCAUGCAGGAAGUCGCCGAGAAGAACCGCGAGUUGCGACUAGCUGGAUGGGAGGAAGAAAUGAAGGAAAGAGUUGCAGAAAUGCUAAAGGAGCAAGGCAUUCGCGAUAGCUUGCAGGAGGUACUACUUGUUCUGAGAAGAGCAUAUGUCGUGGUUAUAUUUAUAAUAUAUAUAAAAAUUCUUAUCUGCUUCAGCUUUAUUUUUUUCUGAUUUGAAAAUAAUGAUUCGGCAUCAUGUUGUUUUAAGUAAGAUGUAGUACUAAAAAACGGUCUUACUUAAUAAUUAUAAAAAGACUCGUUGGACACUGGUGACGAUGAAACCGACUGCAAAGUACUUUUCAUCCUGAGUGGCUUCGAAUAUGACAAGGAGGUGGAUGAUCUGACUGACUGCGCGGCCGCACUACGACAGUCACGCAACCUUCACUAUGUUCGUUAAAACUGUACUCAAUUUCCUUUCCCGCUCUAUGAAAUAUCAGGGUGAUGAAGAACAAUAUGGAGACGAGGACUACAACAUGAUGGGUAUGGAAGGCUCAUCUGUUACAUUUUUGACAUUCCUACCGCCUGGGCCUGAUGAUAUCAAUACGCCGGUUGUAAUGAUGGAUCAACGAGAUCAUGAGCAGCAGAUCCAGAAAGAAGCGCCAAAAAAAAGUUUUUAUGUUGAUGAAGAAGACACUCUAGACCAGAGAACAUCAAGGUUAUUGUACGAUCUUGCCGAUACAGAGUUGGUUUUGGACAGCAGAAACUACAGGUCUGCAGCCGAAGACCAUAAUAUCCUGGCGGAAGAUGAAGUAGAUCCCUUGCUUCUCGAGAUCGAGCGACAUGUAGCCCAUCACGAGCUGUCAAAGGAUGAAGCUAUGGUAGCGAUAACAGAAGCGCUUGGAGAACACGUUGGCUUCGUUUCCGACAGAAUGCUUGCGGAGGAGGAACAAGCGACAUACUACAAGGAAAAAACGGGAAACGAGGAUCUGUUGGGCGAGGAAGAAUGGUUGGACGGACAUGAGGGACAACGUGAAGCAGGACAAGACCAAGGACCAAGUACAUUACCUGAUUUCCUGGAUAUAAUUGCUGGAGAAGCAUCAGAAGAAAGAGAAGGACAAGGCACAGCCGCUGCGAGUCAUAUUUUGAACAUAGAAUUGGCAGGAAGCAGAAUUUCAAUGGGGCCUAAUGAAAGUUCUAAUACAUCACAUGAUGUCUCCGCGUCUGCCGAGGAUACCAGGGUAGUCAGAUUGCUGAUCGACUUACCAAGCCAUCAUACACCUUGUGCAGCUCGAGACGAUGAAGAUGAUCAUACACGACAGGCUACCAAGCGCGCUGCCAUUGUAGUUGUAGCCCGCGAUGGAUCGAUCUCGAUAAGCUUUCCAUCCAAUCAUGACCAAGCACUACAUAGCCAUAACCAAGGACGACAAGACCAACAAGGAGAGCCCUCCGCCGCUCGUGGCUCAGCAGUGAAUGCAGUAAGAUCACAGCGGAGAGAGACAAGUCCUGGCACAUCAAAAAACACGACGUCUCGGGUCUACCCUACUGUUCUCACUGAAGAGGAAGAGUUUCUAGCGACGUAUGACAACGAAAUGAUUGAUGCUCUUGCACCCUUUGCACCAUCUCUUCAUUUCCCAUCCUCAUCUGCCUCACAGCAAACCGAUAAUGCGCGAUCGAUAGUCAAACCAAUAUCCGCGGACGAAGCGCAAGCAACUCUCAAGGCUAUCAACACCUUCAAUCCGGAUGUGAUGGCGGCCUCAGCGAAACGAGAAAUCGUCAACCUCAAGUCCGCGUUUGCACAGUUUUUCACCGCCUGGUACUUCUACAUCCAUGCAAUUGUUUUCAACUUGUUUACUUACUUAAGUUUGCUGCACUCCCUUGCUCCUUGAGAUCAUAAGUACAUGAUAAGAAUGUCAUUGUACACUUGUAGAUGAUUGCUGCACUGUGGCUGUUGCAGUCGGUUCUUCAGCAACUCUACUUUCGUUUAUUUGUUCACCCACACUCGUCUUCCUACUCAUUACGAUCUUCAGUCAUCAACAUCAAAUCUAAAUCACGACAUAUCUUCUAAAUCUACAACAAUUCUACUUACAACAGGUCGAAAGCCGCUGAAAUCGCACCUAUCGUGAACCAAGAAGACGAUUUCCGCAAGCAUGUGCUAGCCAUGUCAGCAGUUCCAAAGGAUUGGAGCGUCAAGGACUGGGCAAAGCAGGCUGUACACGCUGUCACAGAGAAAAACGAUAAUGACGUGGAGUAGGACGAGAACAUCUGCAUACUUAGUUGGUCGGCGUGGCCGAGGAAGUUUAUCUACUGGAAGCGAGGAUUUGCUAUCGCUACAAGAUGGAAGCACCUGCAUCAUGGUACAGGACGUCGAGAAGGAGUAGUAGGACGGUGUACAACCAGUACAUUGGUAAAAGCUCUUGAUCAUGAUGUCACAACUAAAUCUUGAUGAGAAGUACAUAUAAAUCAAAAUGCUGACCAAAACCAGUGAUGUGAUCAUAUAAUUCGCCAUCGCAUUGUUCGUAUUCCAAGCAAAUAUUCCAAAAAUAACUUUGAUGCGAGAUCCAGGUGAGGGUCCAAAAAAUCAAACAACAUGCAUUGUGAACUCGUCGGUAAAGGCAAAGAUGAAGGUAGUCGCAACCGCAGAAGAAAUUUGAAAGAUGACCACCAAGGCUAUUCGUAUUCCACUUGCGGUCAUGACAAACAGUCUUGAUUUUGUCUUUUAUCCGCACGAACUUUGAUAUGCAUACCUAUUCUCUUUCUCUUUCCGUAAGAAUCGAUGCUAACAGAAGAUGACAAAUUUGAUAGAAGUGGAUAAGUAAGAUCAAGUAGAGGCUAAGGGGGCUGCAUAUUACUAGUUCGACGAAUUCUUGAUUUUGAUGGACAGAAUGGAAAUCGAAAUGCAUCCAUAGUGAUGGAAACCAAGAUGCAUUACUCACUCUAGUAUGCCCCUGCUAGUGUGUUGAGUGGGUACAUCAAUCAAAGACCAUACAUACUGCUGCUUCAUAAUCACACUCGCAUAUUUGCUUGAUUUUCUCCCCGACUAGUACUAUCCACGCGGAUUUCCCCAUUCCUACCAAACCAAGAUGAUAGCUCCUCCAAACACCAAUUUGACUGGAGAAUAUAAUCCCCUUCCCCUUCGACGUAUUGUUAGUAGAAGAAAAAUAUGGUAGAACUAGAAGCACCGAGAU